AUGUUCGCAACUCUGACUUAUCCUCUCGAUGUAAUCAAGACAAACCGUAUUCUUCAAACAUCUCUUGCCAAAGAAGGUGCUGAAAGAAUCCCCCGUGAAAUUCUAUCCCUCUAAGAGAAAGGCAACCUACAACAUGGACUCUUCAGAGGUCUAUUAGCUACUCUUAUCGCUGCAAACAUCGCAAAAUAGAUUACAGAUAAAGACCUUCCAUUAGAGGCAGCUUUGCUCGGAACUGUUGUAGUCAACCCUCUUAACAUUAUUCAAGUUCAUAAGCAAGUUCUUCACAAUACAGUUGAAUCAAAGACCUAUGCUCAAAUUAUGAAGGAUACUAUGGGAAAUAGACCAUGGAGAAUUUUCACUCUAGGAUUGAUCCCAACUCUUGUUCGUAAUUCAAUCUUAUUCUUUGGAAUCACUCCAGCAGUUAAUGGCAUUGAUUACACUCCAGUUUCAGUGCUCUACGGUCUUGGUGGCAUUUUAUUGUCGCAUCCAUUCGAGAUUGCCCGUGUGUAAUUGCAAUAUCUAGACACUACAAGCACAUUUGGUGGCUCACUCAAGAUCAUCAAGGGAGUCUUUGCUAUUGAGGGACUUGGAGGUCUCUACAGAGGAGCCGUCCCAAGAGUCUUGAACAUUCUUCCACCAAUUGUCUCUUAUGCAAGCUACCAAAGAUAUUACUACCUUGUUAGUCAAGAGUAAUUGGAAUGA